AUGAACAAUGGAUAUCAAUAAUGUCAGAUUUAUAGUUUGAAAUAAAAUUAAAAAUAAGAAGAAGCGCAAAUCGAAUACUUUGUCUAUCAAGACUUAUAAAACUUGAUUAAUCUAUUAUAUUCAAAAUAAGCUGUACUAGAACAUUUUCACAAUAAUCCGAAUAAUCAAAUGGUUACUUUGAGUGAUAACAAAAUAAUUUUACAAUUAAAUUUAUCAGGUGGAAUCCAUCAAGAUUUGCAAUAACAAUAUUCAAAUAAUCCUUAUUUAUCAUCUAAAUUACAACAUGAAAGAAAUUAUGCUUUAUAGACACUCAAGAAUGUAGCUUAAUAAUUUGAAAAUCAAUUUAAUCCUUUUAGUUAAAAUUAAGAACUUGUUAAUGAUCCAAUUGGAUUAUAUUUAAAGAAGUAUAUAAACAAUUAUGAAUCGGGUUAAUUUGAAAAGAAUCAAUUUGAAUUAUUGAAAACCGAUCUUGAAUCUUAAUUUAAUUAGUAGGUUUUAUAAAAAGUUAUUUCUUCAAUUCAAACUGUUGAUACCUAGAUAAAUUAAAUAAGACAGGAUGGCAACUAAAAACCAACCUAGGAGUAGAUAAUUUAAAGAGCCGAGUAAUAGUCUAUAUAUUUUUAGAUAAUAUAAGCAAAUGACGAAAAUUAAAUUGAUUUCUUAGAAUAAUUUAGCAAAUUAAAAUUACAAAUAAGAAAUAAUGGACAAAAAUGAUUAUUCCUUAGAGAAUACAACUCGACAAUAAUAAAUAUGCUCAAAUUUUUAAUAAGCAAAGAAAUCAUUAUAAUCAAAUAUUAAUAUUGAAUAAGAGAAAUUAUUAGAAUUUAUAUAAUACUUAGAAAAUCAUAAAUAAACAAGAACUCAAUCAUUAUUUCAUAGUGAAGCAGAAAAGUUGUUUGUUCAAGCAAAAAAUUUCUUAGCAUGUGGUAAUAAUUAAAGUAUUUUUGAAAAUUCUUUUGAAAUUUAAUUAUCAAAAUUCCCAGAUCUUUUAAAGCUUUAGAUCAUAUUAUUUUAUUACUUUGUAUUGUUCCUUGAGUACUUUUACAAUAAUAGAGCUCAUCAAUAUUAAGAGCUCUUCAAUAUGAUUGAAGAAAUUAUCCAUAAUAGUAAAAGUAAAGAAAUAAUAGAUGUUCGCUUUUUUUAAUAUUUAGUAAAUCAAAAAGAUUUGAUAAAAAGAUAUUUGGCUUAAAAUAUUUAAAUUAAUAAUAGACAAGAGCCUCAUGUUCAUUAAAGAAUUUAAGAGUUAGACUAUAUUUGGAGUAUGUAUAAUGGAUUUUGUAUCUCUUAUCAGGUUAAAAGGAAUUGA